AUGGACGACACGCAAAUUACAAAGCUCACGAAACUCACAAAGCUUCCUGGAGCUGCUAGGGCCACCGAAAUUAUUGGAGAUGUAGGAGUUACUGGGGCCAUCGGAGCUACUAGGGCUAUUGGAUAUGUAGAAGCUUCAGGACUUAUGCAGGCCAAAAAGGCUACAGAAGGAAGAGGGAAAGAAGCGAAAGAGAAGGAUCCUUGUCCUCCCGGACCUGGGUUUCAAGCCAUCAUUCUCUGUGGGCCGGGGACCUCCCUCUAUCCAUUUACUGGCGUUGAGGAGUUGCUACCCAAAGCACUUAUUCCUAUUGCGAAUAAGCCGAUGAUUCAGUACCCUCUCGAAUGGUGUCAAAAAGCCAGAUUUGAAUCAAUCUUAGUCCUUACCCUUGCUGAGCAUCUUAUCGCGAUCCAAGCAUAUCUUAAGUCCCAAAUUUUCCCCUUCAAUAUUCAAAUUGAGGCCCCAUCGGCUCUGGAUGAAAACUUGGGGACUGCAGAUGUUUUAAGAAGAGCUUACAGGGAAGGAUGGAUAACAGGAGAUAUUGUAGUACUGCCUUGUGACCUUAUAACCGACUUAGACCCCAACGAGCUUGUGAAGAUAUGGAUGGUUGAGAACGCUGGCUUUGAUUGUGAUAUGGGCAAAAGAAACAUAGAUUAUGCCAACUGCCGCGAAGAUGAUGAAAGGAGGGGUGGCUUGGGUAUCUGGUAUGAUGCCAGGGGAGAGGGUCAGAUAAAGGGACAAGCCCUGGCCCCGCAUCGUGAUCCAAGUGUGGGAUCCACUCCCGAAUCUCAAUUCUCUGGUGUUCUCAGAUCACUUUUAUUUAACCUCCCUGGCCAAGAGGUUAUGAACAAGGAGGAACGCCCAUUCCGCAAAUCCCUUCUCAGAAAGUUCCCGAAUAUCCAGAUCAACCAGACUGUCCGUGACAGUGGUAUUUAUUUUCUCCCUUUCUGGGUUCUCAGGUUCAUUGAUAAAAACUCUAAAAUGAACUCAAUCCGCGAGGAUGUUCUUCCAUGGUGGUCUAAAGCUCGCUGGCAGAACAGGCGGCUUGCUGAAAAACUGGGGCUCCUUGAAAUCCUUUCUGAUGGUGGAGAUACUUUUGAGCAGAGACUCAACCUCGCGGAGAUGAGUUCUUCCAGGAAACGAGAUAUUGCACAAUGGACUCAGCAAGACGUAACUGUGCAACGGGUAUACUCGUCAUUAGAUUUGGAGGUGUUGGAGAAACUAAAGAGAGGAAUUGCGGUGUCUAAAAAAUCGGCGGUCUCAGAAUCAUCCACAAAUAUUCCACCACGUCCACCUCCGCCUCCUCCUCCACCUCCACCUCCUCCACCUCCCCCAGGCGGUAUCAAGAUCCCACCGGUAGUUGUAUAUCUUCCGGGGAGCUCCGGGCACUUCACACGCCGCGUCGAUACGGUUCAUUUAUAUCACUCCAUGUGUCUCUACAUAGCAAGUCCUGCUUUCAAAUCUGACCAAAUCAAGAUUAAUCCGUCUGCCUCAAUCGAUCGAACGGCUACGAUUAGCGGAUCAGACUGCUUAAUAGCAGCCAAGGUUUCUAUCGCUGGGGAGGCGUUUAUCCAAUGUUCUGUCUUGGGGUUCGGUGUUUCUAUCGGUAGGGGUGCAAUGGUUAUAGGGUCUGUACUCAUGGAUGGGGCGUCAGUAGCUGAGGGUGCUAGUGUUGAGGGAUGCAUUUUGGGGAAGAAUGUCAUCAUUGGAGCUGAUGCUAAACUAAAAAAUUGCAAGGUUGCUCCGGGUUUGUUUGUUGAGCCUGGAAAUAAGGCUGUUGGCGAAAUUAUGACGGCCUUUGACGGGAUGAACUAUGACAACAUCCCCACCCAAUAUGGAUCGAACCCCGAUAAUAACUUUCAGUUCGGUAGUGAAGACCAAGUUGGUCAAGAAGAGUCCAAAUGUGAUGGAUUCUUCAGCUGUAAUGAACCAGCACAGAAGGUGGUUCAAGGAGAAUCCAAGACACACAAUUCUGCCAAAGACCGUGAGAACAGCGAGGAUACCGGGAGUCAUGAGGAUAUCAAAGAUAGUGGUGAUAUCGAGGUUUCCGAGGAUGUUGAGGAUUUUGAGGAUCUUGAGGAUCUUGUGGAUCUUAUUAAUCUUGAGGAUCUCGAGGAUACCGAGGAUGCCGAAGCUUACCAGAACAUCAAAGCUCAUAAGAAAAAUGUAGAUCAAAAGGUCGACAAGAAUCUAGAAAAAAAUGGAAACCAAAGUGACAAAGCUGAAGUCAUUAACAUCAACAUGCUGGGGGAAGUUAACUCUGUGGAAAAUAAUGAUAGGGCUCAAGGGUAUCUUGGCGAUCUAAAGACACUAGAGAUUCAAAUCGAGCAGCAAAUUGACGGAAAAAACACAAUGCCUGAAUCCGGUCACAAAAUCGAUAAGGAAAACCAUGUAAAGAAUAAUCAGGAACCCUGUCCACUACCUGAGGGUCGCCUUGUGAGGCGCGAUAGCAGUGAAACGGAGGCAUUAUACAAAGAGGCAGCCACCAAGAAGGAUAUCGCAAACGCUUUUUCUUCCUCUCCUAAAGUUGAUCAUAGCAACCUUACUUCGAUACAGGCCGCAUCCAAGGUGGGUUCUCCUACUCCGACACCGAAAAGGACUUCGGGAUUGGGGUGGAGUACCUGGGGGCUUAGUACUAUCACUCUUGGGAUUUUUUUUGCCUUUUUCGCAGCCAUUUGUACUGUUGUCGAGAGAAAAGGUUAUUUCUAG